AUGGAGCUGCGAUUUAUUUUGUGUAUUCUAAUAAUUUUAGUGCUGCGUUCUUUCAGUUCCUACCCGCUCUUCGAGACCAGCACGUGUCACAAUCGACAUGGAAAGAUUAUAUCUCCAGGGAUAUGUAAAAAACUCAACGAUUGUCCAGUAGCUCUCGAGGCUGUCGUGAAAAAUCGCAGACACUUCUUCAACCGCUGUGGCUUUACCAACGAGGACGUCGAACUAGUCUGCUGCCCGUCCAUAUCCACCCGAUUCGCAGUGUCCGUCGAGAGAAAGUCCGAAAUAUUCUGCGAGCAGCACGUCGAUAGAUUAGAAGAAGAAGUGGAGGAAACCGUCACCGGUGGCAUAGACGCCAAUGAGAAGGAAUUCCCACAUAUGGCAGCACUGGCAUUCAACACGUCAGGCUACAUCACCCACGAUUGUGGAGGUACCUUGAUCUCAGACCGCUUCGUUCUAACCGCAGCUCAUUGCUUCGUGCUCGGCGUCAAACCACCAUUCGGUGUUCGACUAGGGGUAACUGUGCUGAACGACACCGAUCAUGUGGAUGUUGAUAUCAAAAACGUCACCUUACAUCGCAAGUUCAAUCCCCAUGAAAAGCACGAUGACAUAGCCUUGAUUGAGCUCAGCCGCAGCAUUGAAUUCUCUGAUAGCAUCCGUCCAGCGUGCCUCUAUGCCAAGCCUGAUGACCCACAGGGACUUGUUGUGACUGGUUGGGGUGAAACUUUGAGAGAAGAAACCAAAAUUCUGCAGAAAGCUCCCCUCUCAGCUGUAUCUAAGAAGGAAUGUAACAGAAUGAUGCAAAAAUCGAAGGAUCGUUAUAGCCUGAGGCCGACUCAGAUAUGUGCCAUUGGGUCGGGUACAGAUGCGUGCAUUGGAGAUUCUGGGGGGCCUUUGCAAGUGAGGAGGGAGAAGGGGGGCUAUGCAGUAGUGGGGAUCGUGAGUCACGGACCUCAUGGGUGUGGGGGAGUGAUUCCUGCUGUGUACACCAGGGUGUUUCCUUAUCUGAAGUGGAUCGAGAAUGUUGUGUGGAAAGAUGAUAUGGAAAUGUGA